UAAUAUUCACUUUUUUUUCUAAUUCUCAAUAGGAACGGAGACUGACUUCUUUGCCGGAUAUCGUGCCUGUCGAUGCUUAAAAGGACUGUAUCGAACAGAUAUGUUUGAUAAAUGUUACAAAUGUGGACAAGGAUUGAAAUGCAAGGAUGAUUAUGCUUCUUUGAAAUCUGGUCACUGGUGGCAAUGGCGAAAUGAGACACAUAAAGAACGUUACAGAUUCUUUAUUGCAAAUAUGUUGUCAUCUUCACCAGCGUUAGAUGCUUCCAGUGUAAAAUAUACUUAUCCUAUACCAACGCCUUACAAGUGCCCAGUUGAAGAAUCUUGCAAAGGUGGCUUAGAUUCUCCGUGUAAAACCGGGUACGAAGGUCCACUUUGUGCCGUAUGCAGCUCAGGAUACUAUAAGCAGUUACAGAUCUGUACACGAUGCCCAACAAAGAAGUGGAUUGCGGCACAGUUGUCGAUAAUUGCGACUAUUUUGUUGACAGUUGCUGUAGUGGUGGUUUGGAAGAGCAAACAAAAAGAUAAGAAAGCCGAAGAAAUCCCCCUAAUAGACAGGUUCUUCUCUAAACUUAAGAUCAUAAUUGGCUUUUAUCAGGUUACUUAUGGCUUACUUGAGGUAUUCUCGUACAUAAAGUGGCCAGAUUCCCUGGAGGUUAUCGCCAAAUAUUCAGGAGUAUUACAGCUGAACAUACUUCAGAUUGCGCCCAUUCAAUGCCUCUUUGAAGGACUGCAGGUCGAUGCAUUUGGAAGCUUAUUUGCAAUAAUGGCCGUGAAUUCUGUUGUCAUCGGUAUUUCUGCUGCUUCUUACGCAGUGUAUAAAGCAAUAAUCUUAAAACGUCAAAACCUGGAGGAUGAAGAGAAGUCAAGAAGACUUAAACAGACAAAAGAACUUGUGUACAGGUAUUUAUUCUUUUUCCUGUACGUGACGUACCUGAGCACGUGUUCCAAGACAGCCGCUGUCCUGCCCCUUGCUUGUCAAGAACUUUGCCGAGAUGAAAAUGAAGAGUUUUGUCGAAAAUAUCUGAAAGCAGAUUACAGCACUCAAUGCCAGGGUCUAAGCUACCACUAUUUGCUCGUCGGGGCGUACAUAUCUACUGCUUACAUCAUUUCCCUUCCUGCUGCCUCGUUCAUCGCCCUUUGGAGACAACGAAGGAUAAUAGUUUCCUUAAAGGACGCCGAAUCAUGCCGACGACCAGGUGAUGGUAUGGAAAUGAUCACAGGUUUGCGUUUUCUUUUCGAAAACUACAAACCUCGUUCGUGGUAUUGGGAACUUGUUGAAAUGUCUCGUAAAGUCAUCCUUACAUCCGCUCUGAUUCUGGUGGGACAAGAGAGCAGAUCUUACAUUGGCUUAACACUGGUUAUCGCCGGGAUGUAUGGCAUGCUUUUCUCCUGGAUCCGUCCCAUGCAAGAUGCGUUCGAGAACAGAUUGAUGUCCACAUCUCUUGCCGUUACUAUUGUCAACUUAGCUGUUGGAGCCGUGAGUAGAGUCCCAGCAGAGGACAUACUAGUGUCAAGAGAAACUUACACAGACGCAGUGUUAUUCAAGAUAUUGGUACUUGGAGCAAAUGCUUCGGUGAUUGGUCUACUUCUUGUUCAGUACAUUACCGUACUGUAUUGCUACCUUCGGGAAUGGUGGAAAAAUCCGCAUUGCUCUUUUUCCUGCUGUCUGGCUUUGCUUUUGCCCCUCAAUGAUUUGCAAGGUGAAAUUCACGGUUUAGCUGCAACUAAUGUUCUUAACAACCAAAUGCAGUCCGGACAAAUGGAUACACCAACCCUUAUUGGUGCUGUGAAAGACAGUGGCGCUAUCGAUGUCUCUCUUGAAGAAGGUAAACAAGAAGAUCACUCAACGUUUGCCGAGCAGGAGGAAUAUUGGCAAGACGCGGUGUACAACAAGAAUCAAAGUCACAAAAAGACACAAACAGAGAUGUAUACGCUUUCUAUUGCGGUCAAGGAAACACACUUUUGAAUCUCUAAAACAUCAAGUUGCCGAUUGAUGGAAGCUGCCCAUGACUGCACAGCUAUUUGGAGGCAAUUUCGGUCAAUUUUGUAGUUUCUACCAGAAGUUGACUUUCAUGUUGGAUUAUUUUGUAAUGCCAGUGAGCUAUUAGAUACAAAAGGCAAAAAGGCUUCAAGAUACCCUUAGACACUAAUUCCAUUAUAUUCUUUUGUUUAGUUUUGGAUGUUUUGCGCAAAUAGUAAGAUACUCUUUCAUGGGUCAAAUAAAAUCACUGUACAAAAUCUCAGUUGUAUAUGUAUUUAGUUUUGCGCUUACGCCUUAAGACAUUGCAAACAGGAAUAAUAUAUGAACAACAUGGCUAAGUGACUGUAGUAAAUGACUGCACGGCAAAUCCAAGGUAAAUGGUUUUGAGUUCGAAAUAACGGGUAAUUCGAAAUAACCAAGUUCGUAUGAGGGGGGUCCAACUGUAAUUACAACAGGUUAGAAAACUAUUAAGGGAAGUGUGAUGAUGCGUAGGCCCAAAUCAUGCAGCAAGCGGACGAAGUCCUCAAGAUCAGAAACCACAUGCAAAGGAGGGUGAAACGAUAAAUCACUGGUGCCAAGUUGCACGAUAACAAUGUCAGGGCGGACAGAUUGCACGACCUGCAGAUCAUGUCGGAUAGUCUUCGCCACUGUACGCCCUCCAACACCAUUCCAACUUACGGCAGCCGGUUCCGUUAUUUUAAACGUUAAAUCUAAAUCCCUAGGGUUACGUUCAAUGAAAUCACGUAAACGUCGAAUAAAAGAAUGCCCAGAACUAAAACGCGGGGUGUAGGUGUGCCGUGUGUAGCCAUAACUAUCGCCGAGGAAAUAAAAUAAGGAAGGCAGUUACCAAAGGAGCAAGUUAAAGAAACAGAGAGUAAGGUUAAUAUACAGUAAAAUAUAUAGAGAGAACUUGCCUGUAAAAAAAAAUCUUGACUUAGCGACAAAGUAGCUGUUCACAGGAUGACGAUGAUCGCAGGAAGGGCCGCGUGUAACAGAUAACAUGACUUUUAGUUACGCCUAGGACACUCGCGUUCUCCUGAUUGGUUAGGAAACCUGAACACACAGACUGUUGAAUAAUAGGAAAUGCCUCGCACUAAGGACAUGUUUUCAGUUGUUCAACAUAAUGUUUGACGUCACGAUAACCAUGUGAUUUUCUGACCGAGUUUUCUUCAAACACAAAUCCAAAAUGACCGGUUUAUUGCUGCGUUUUUGAAUUCCGCAGGUGUAGUGUGGAUGGGGCCUUAGUUUAUUGAGCUCUCAAAAGCGAUAGUCAACCACAUUUAAUGACUUAUCACU